AUGUCGGAUGUUGAAAGUAGCGCUGAUCGCAAAUUGUCGGCCACUCCUGCCCAAGCUUGCGGAGCUGGACUCUGGUCCUUCGAAGAGGAGACUGAUCUCUCUGCAGACCUGGGGAGCUCUCGUUUGAUAUGGUCUCCCAAAAGGGGUUUGGCGGAUGCCCGUAAUGAUUCCACACCGACUCUGGCCAGAUCGAUGCUCUGCUCUCUCCACGGUGGGGAUCGAAAGAAACGGCUACGUGACGAACUUGUGGACACUGCCCAUAGUUACCCACAUCGACUUGCUCCUGCAGAAAGACUCUUUCCUAUCUAUCUUAGAGGAUUGUGCGGGGGUUUGCAGCAGACGUUCUUCAACUCAUCUCAUCAGGCUAAUGAAUUUGAACGCUGCGGUACAGUGUCUCUUCAAAAGAGAAUACGCAACACGUACGGUGCAUACCACUGGGGAGUUCUGUUGGCACCUAAGAAGUCCAACGGCCGCGACAACAUGGCAUACGACGUUUCGGACGGCGUUCGGUUGGAUAAUGAAACUGGACAAGACCUGAACUCGGAAAGAGAUUGGUCCUUCAGGAUUAAGAACUUGAAUUCCGUUGGACAGUGGGCGGCUGGCUGA